AACCCGGCCAUCCCUUCGCGAGCCCGCCAGUGCCGGAGGGUAGGGGGGAAAAGUAAGCCUGGAGCUGUCGGUGGGCAGGGCACGCGCGCGUCCUGACAGCCGAGCAGGGCGAGUGGGGGAAGAGGAGGGCCGGACAGCCGGGGAGGGGGCUCGCCUUCUCGCCUUGCGGCCGCGGUGGGAGACCUUCCUAGCCACCCCGGCGGGGCUUUCUCUGCUUUAACGCCACAGCUGUCUCCCCUCCGAGCCCCCGAGCCCCCUUUUCCCCUCCAGAGAGAAGGCGGGACUGGCGGAGCCUCUUCUUUGGGUAUCAAAAAAGAUGUGAAUGGCUUCGCAACGUGCGUGAGGAAUUUACGCGGGCUGGCUGGCUGGCUGGCUGGGUCCUCUUGCCCUCGCCCGCUCGCUCGCCUCCAAACUCCGCGUUGCACUCUUGCCUAUGAACGGUCCGGUCCUACGACCGAGCGCCUUCCUUCUCCGACCCGAAACCACCAUGAGGGGCUCCGGUGGGUGUCUUCUCGCCUUCACCGUCGCCCUUUUGGCGGGCUUGAGUGCAUGCCAGAGAGACUUCGCGGCCGGGCACUUUGAGCCGAGCCUUUCCUUCAGAACGGACGCCUGGAGCCGGGAGACCAGCCGGCUGCGGUUCUGGAGCCAAGGCAGUUCGGGGCCAACAAACAAGGUGUUUGGUCUGUUCCAGGCACAGAGUCCGCCUUCGGCUUCGGACAGGGGGGAGCCGGCGAGUUCUCAAACGGACGAUGGCUGGCUGAGAAACCCAGCCGGGAGGGAACCCCGAAGGCCACCUUCUGCUCCGGCGCACGUCAGACCCCAGAGCAGCCACCUGGGGACCAAAGCCGAUCUGCCUCCGGGCAGAAGUCUGAGUGGGACUCAGCCGCAGAGGCCCAGGAUGGAGACCCCCAGCCAGGGGUUCCGAAACGGAGCCAGACCGCGGACAGCACCGCCACCCAGAAGGCUGCAUCCCCGAGCCCGGACGGCCGGGCCAAAUGUCUGCGGGGGACAGUGCUGCUCAGGGUGGACAACAGCUCCAGGGACCAAUCACUGUAUUAAACCUGUAUGUGACCCUCCAUGCCAGAAUAAAGGAUCCUGCAGUCGCCCUCAGCUCUGUAUUUGCCGCUCAGGUUUCAGAGGCUCCAGAUGUGAAGAGGUGGUUCCAGAACAGCAGUAUCAUCCUCCUAGCCUUGCAGCUGCCUUACAACCCCAAUCAGGCUCCUUCCGAAGAAGAACAAGCAAUGUAGAGAGAGAAGGACCACUAAGAGGAGAACAGUUACCUACCACACGGAAGCUACCAACUGAGACUCAGAGCAGAAACGGUGCCCUUGCUACUCCUCAGUCACACACAGGGCCAUCCCGCACUGUCCGACGGUAUCCAGCUGCAAAUAAUGAUCACCUAAUAUCCAAUGCUUUGCCCAAUGGGAAUGGAUUUGAACAGAACAACUAUGGGCCACGUGCAGCGUAUCCAGAGACCUCUUCAUCCCUCUGGGGUGUCAACCUGACAGAAAAAAUCAGGAAGAUAAAGAUUGUCUUCACUCCCACAAUCUGUAAACAGACUUGUCGGCAUGGCCGCUGCUACAAUAGCUGUGAGAAAGGGGACACCACCACCUUAUAUAGCCAGGGUGGACAUGACCAUGACCCCAAAUCCGGCUUUCGUAUGUAUUUCUGCCAGAUUCCCUGUCUCAAUGGGGGACGCUGUGUGGGUCGGGAUGAAUGCUGGUGCCCCUCUAAUUCUACAGGAAAGUUUUGCCACUUACCAGUUUCAAAAACAGAAAGAAAACAAGUGCCAAAUAGCCUGGCAAGUGGCUCUGUGAAGCAUUCUAUGUACACACUUCCUCUUUCCAACCAACUUGCUUCAAGAAACCCUUCCCUUGUGAAUGUACAUAUCAACCACCCUCCUGAAGCUGCAGUGCAGAUCCAUCAGGUGGCCAGAGUGAAGAGUGACUCAGACCAGUCAGAAGAGAACAGCGUUGAAGCUGUUUUGGUACCUCAGCAUCCCACAAGCCCCCAAUACAAUGAUAGUGAAAGCAGCCGCAGCAGCAGCAACAACAACAUCAUCACAGAGAGCAGCCAGCAGCAGAAGCUGCAGGACCUUGAGGGGAAAUGUUACCUGGAGACAAUACAUGGAAAGUGUGCUGAACCGCUGCUUGGUUUAUCUAAAUAUGAAGACUGUUGUGGCAGUGUGGGGGCCUUUUGGGGAGUCAGCAGAUGCAUCCCAUGCCCACCAAAACCAGCUCAGCCAAUGAUUGAAAAUGGGCAAGUUGAAUGCCCACAGGGUUACAAAAGGUUGAAUCGAAGCCACUGCCAAGAUAUCAAUGAAUGUCUAAUGGUUGGCAUAUGUAAAGAUGCAGAAUGUGUGAACACCCGGGGCAGCUUCCUUUGUACUUGUAAGCCUGGCACUCUGCUGGAUCCAUCCCGCAGUCACUGCAUUUCGGAUAAAGCUGUAUCCACAGAGCAGGGACUGUGUUAUCGCUCAACAGUAGAAGGAAUCUGUGCCCUGCCACUCAAUCUUCACAUCACCAAACAGAUCUGCUGCUGUAGCCGGGUUGGCAAAGGAUGGGGGCGAAAUUGUGAAAAGUGUCCCUUGCCAGGAUCUGAAGCCUUCAAGGAGAUUUGCCCUGCAGGGCAUGGCUACACUUAUUCUAGCUCUGACAUACGGAUGUCCAUGAGGAAGGCAGAAGCAGAGGAGCUGCCACAUAGCUUAGAAGAACAGAAGCAAAAUAAUGAUAGGGUUCCUGACUGGACAAGAAGGCGGCAGCAGCUACAGGAGGUUUUGAGUGGUGGUAUCACAGACACAAUCCCUAGAACUGACGUAUCUGCAGGAAGAGAAUAUUGGGCUGAAGAGGAUAGAACAGUCUUUCCCGAACUGGAUACCUUUGGAGAAUCUCAAGAAGAUCAGGAUGCAGAUGAUAUUAUCCAAGAAACAGACAUCAGUCCAGUUGAUGUAGUCAAGAUUUCUCCCCAUUUUCCUGCCCAACCAUUUCCAGAAGCUUUUGGGGAAGAUGCUGCACCAACAGACAUGGCAACUGUACUUACAGAGACAAGUGCGUGUUCCUCUUCACCCAGCAUCUGCGGUCCAGGCACCUGUGUCAACAUGCCAGGAGGGUACACCUGCCUGUGUUACCCUGGUUAUCAACAGCAUCCCAGUGGCACCUAUUGUACUGAUGUUGAUGAAUGUGAGAGAAAUCCCUGUGAUGGAAAGGGCCAAUGCAUCAACAGUGAAGGCUCCUACUCCUGUCGUUGUUUCUCCGGCUAUACCCUUUUCACUUCACCUAAUAUACAAACAUGUCAGGAUCUAAAUGAGUGUGACCAGCCAAAUAUGUGCCAUGGAGGGAAAUGUGUCAACACACCUGGCUCCUAUCACUGCGAGUGCAAAACAGGCUACAUCCUGGAUCACAGUGGACAGUGUGAAGAUAUUGAUGAGUGUGCAAUGCAUAAUAUCUGCCCUAGAGGACGCUGUAUCAAUAUUGAAGGCUCCUACUCUUGUUUGGCUUGCAGCACUGGAUAUAUUGCAUCAGUGGAUGGAAGAAUAUGUGAAGAUGUUGAUGAAUGUGUCUCCUCCACGGCCUGUCCUCAGGGAAUCUGCAUUAAUACACCGGGCUCCUUCAUUUGCCAAGCUUGUGACACUGGCUACACACUCUCAUCCAACAAACUCACUUGUGAAGAUAUUAAUGAGUGUGAAGAUUCUAACACUUACUGCCUGGGGGGUGAGUGCUUGAACACACCAGGAUCUUACACAUGCCAAUGCCGGCCUGGAUUUGAGCUGUACAAUGGAACUAUGUGUGAAGAUGUGAAUGAGUGUCUGGACAGUGGCAUCUGCAGCCCCAAUGGCGAAUGCCUGAACAGCCAUGGAUCUUAUUUCUGUAUUUGUGCUCUUGGCUUCUCAAAUGCAGCUGGUGGAGUCAGCUGCCAAGAUGUAGACGAGUGUGCAGAUCAGUCCAGGUGUCUACGUGGCCAGUGCCUCAAUACAGAAGGAUCUUACAGAUGUUUGUGUCAAACUGGCUUCAGACAUUCCCAGGAUACCGAUGACUGUAUAGACAUGGACGAGUGUGAAGAAUAUGGUGAUGCAGUUUGUGGCUCAUGGCAAUGCCAGAACACAUUGGGUUCAUACCGCUGUAUUAUGGGAUGUCCAGCUGGCUUCCAUAGGACACCGUUCGGUGAAUGCAUUGAUAUUGAUGAAUGUGCCAAUGAAACGCUGUGCAGAAGUCAUGCUUUUUGUGACAACACGGAUGGCUCCUUCCGCUGUGUAUGUGACCGUGGCUAUGAAAACUCACCUUCAGGCCAUGACUGUGUUGAUGUGAAUGAAUGUGAGCUGAUGGUGGCUGUGUGCGGGACUGCCCUUUGUGAGAACGUGGAAGGGGCCUUCCUCUGCCUGUGUCCCAGUGACCACGAGGAGUACGACACAGAAGCCGGGGAGUGCCGUCCCCGAGCAGGCAUGGGGGAACCUGGAAGGCCUGUAUCUUUCCAUCCUGGCAGCUCAGAGCGGAAGGAGUGCUACUAUCGAAUUAAUGACAUCCCAUUAUGUGACAGUGUGUUGGCCAACAACACCACCAAGGAAGAAUGCUGCUGCACCGAAGGAGUAGCCUGGGGAGACAACUGUGAAACAUAUCCAUGCCCUGUCAGUGGCUCAGUGGAAUAUAUUGAGAUUUGCCCUAGUGGGAAAGGCUAUAUCCCAGUGGAAGGCACACUUAUCUUUGGACAGACAUCUUACACAGAUGCGGAUGAAUGUGCAAUGUUUGGCCCUGAGGUCUGUCGUAACGGACAUUGCGUGAACACAGUGCCUGGAUAUACUUGUUUCUGCCAUGCUGGCUAUACCUAUGAUACCAGUAGGCUUGAAUGUGUUGAUCUAGACGAGUGUGAGAACAAAGAUGCCUGUAUAAAUGGAAAGUGCCUCAACACUGCUGGUUCUUACCACUGCUUCUGUAGCCUCCCCCUCGUGCUGGAUGCCAUACGUAAUCGCUGUGUCAACGUUUCCAACAAUGCAGAUGAUAUGGAUGAACUUGAUAUUCACCUGGAUAUCUGCUGGCAAAGAGUCUCCAACUAUCUCUGUAGUGAGCCACUGCUGGGACACCGCACCACGUAUACAGAAUGCUGCUGCCGUUACGGAGAGGCCUGGAGUCAAGACUGUGCUCUCUGUCCCCCCAGGUCCUCUGAGGAUUUUGUUCAACUGUGCAAUGUUGCCAGGAGUGAGGCCGGGCUCCGAGAAAGGCCUGGCUAUGAAUAUGGGCCAAAUCAGGAAGACCAUCAGUAUGGACUCUAUAACCCAGAUUUAGAGUCAUAUUACAACCACCUGGGCCUUGAAUAUGGAACCCCAGAAAGCAGCCUCUCCAACAGAGAACAAAGCAAUGAAUUUGAAGAUGUUGCUUCCCAGCAAGCAUCACAACACCAACUAGUACAGACACAGCCUCGCUAUGUGCCUGGGCAGCUUGGCUACAGCAGUUUCGAGGGGCUGCAAGCAGAAGAGUGUGGAAUCCUGAAUGGUUGCGACAAUGGCCGUUGUGUCCGUGUGCAGGAGGGAUACACUUGUGACUGUUUUGAUGGCUUCCGGUUAGAUUUGAUCCUCAUGGCCUGUGUGGAUGUUAAUGAGUGUGAGGAAGCAAAUGCCUCUGGGACCCUGUGUGAAGGCAGCAUCUGUGAGAAUACAGAGGGCUCCUAUCGCUGCAAAUGCUUGCCUGGCUACAUGGCUUUGGCGGAGCCUCAUCACUGUGUGCCUGAAAGCACUCAGAAUCCAGAGGCAGCGUGACUCCCAAAGCAGUGAUGGAACAAUGGCAACACUUUCAACCAUUUGCUUUGAGAACUGGAGGUCCAUCCAGCUGGAAGAGAAUUACUGGGAGUUCAGAAGCUUUAAAAAUCCUUUGAUUGCUUCCCAAAGAAAAGAAAAACUCAACAGAACCACCUUCCACUUCCAUUAACAGUGCGAACACUCAGGGCCCAGUCCUCUUACUCCAUGCUUUCUGAUAAAUUGUUGUACCCAUUUUUAUCAAACAUUUUGGCCUCCAGAUACUAACUCACAUUGUGUGGGCCAACAGUAUGUCCAUCCCCAUUCAUCUUUCUCUGCCCUUCAAUCCAUACCAUGAACUUGCAGGACCUGGUGCUCCAUAAAUAAGGCCUUGUGAGCAUUAUCUCUAUGUACAAUAAUUAUUCCUCUCAGUGAACCCACAUUGUAGAGACUAUUGUUACUCUUCACACACUCACCAUAUCUAAUUUUACAUGUGUUUAUUCCAUCCACAGCAACUCUCUUAAAAACAGCCUAGUCACAUGAUUAGUUGGUCAUGUAACUAGAAAAAGCCGGAUCCUUCCAGCUUUGUGUACUAAAUGGGCAGCAUCUCACCAGCAACCGCUGCUGUCCAACUAUGGUGCAUUCUUUCUACAGUGGCUGAAAAACAUUCCCAUUACUACACUGACUGAAAAAUACUCCCAUUCCCCAAAUAUAAGAAUCUCAACUUUUAUUCUGCUCAAUCUGCCUGAAUCCUGUUAACAUUCCCUUUCAUGAGCAAGACAAGGGGCAGCAUCCAAACUGGCCAUCUUCAGAACAUAUGGCUUCUAGCUAUCAUCUUGCAGUAGCCUGGACUCCAGAAGCCUUUUUGGCUCUGUCUUUCUGUAUUCAUUCCAAGCCACGGCUGUCCACCACUGUACUUUCCGUCACUACUGGAGUAUUAGUUUGUGGAACAAAAUGGAUUACAGAUCUUUAAUUUUGGGAAGUGGUCUCAGUGGAGCUUUUUAUUGGGGAGAAUACAACAUGAUGUCAAAUAAAUGGUUUUAUAAUAUGCCUUAUGGGUUAUAGA